UUCUCGCGGGACUCCGAGAGGAGCGGAAGCUAGGCGGCUGUGCUGCUUCAGCGACCGGGCGGCGGCGGCAGCGGCGGCGGCGGCGACGACGACGGAGAUUGUGGCGGUGACAGCGGCCGGAAUAGGCGCUGCCCUCGGGGAGCAGCAGCGCGGUCGGCGGCCACUCACCGCUGUGGAGGGGCCGGUGCGGAGCGGAGCAGCUGCGCCACGGGUGGCAUUGUGUGUCCCGGAGUGCAGGAGCCAGUCCCAGAAGAGAGGCGAGGCUGAGCCCAGCGUGCUGGGUUGCUUCAGCAGGGAAGACUCCCUUCCCCCUGCUUCAGGCUGCUGAGCACUGAGCAGCGCUCAGAAUGGAAGCCAUCGCCAAAUAUGACUUCAAAGCCACUGCAGACGACGAGCUGAGCUUCAAAAGGGGGGACAUCCUCAAGGCAGACCUUCAACUCAACAAGAGAGCCGACAGUGGACCAUCUACUCGUCUGGCACUACCUACCUAUCCCGGUUGCACAAGCUGCUUUAGAACUAGAUCUUGGGUUCACACUCAGAUCUUUGAAGUUUUCUUCUAUCUCAGCACUGAUGUCUCUAUUCCACUGUCACAUUUACUGAGCAUCUCCUUGAGCCACAUCCUGGGAUAACUUGCUUUGAGAGUUGGGGAAGAAAUAGAUGAUGUACUUUUUCUCUUCAGAAAAUCAAUAAAAUAUAUUACAAAAAAACAAAAAACUCAGGUUGUCCUGUGGUAUCCAUGGGAGACUGGUUCCAGGACCCCACCCCAUCGCCCGUGGACACCAAAAGCCUCUGAUGCUCAAGCCUAUAAAAUGGCAUAGAUCAAUGCAUGCAGUUGGCCCUUAACAUCUGCAGACUCCAGACCUUGGAUCAAAAAAUAGCACAGGUUUUGAAUGAAGAAUGUGAUCAGAAUUGGUACAAGGCAGAACUCAAUGGGAAAGAUGGCUUCAUUCCCAAGAAUUACAUAGAAAUGAAACCACAUCCGUGGUUUUUUGGCAAAAUCCCCAGAGCCAAGGCAGAAGAAAUGCUUAGCAAACAGCGGCAUGAUGGGGCCUUCCUUAUCCGAGAGAGUGAGAGUGCCCCUGGGGAUUUCUCCCUCUCUGUCAAGUUUGGAAAUGACGUGCAGCACUUUAAGGUGCUCCGAGAUGGAGCUGGAAAGUAUUUCCUCUGGGUGGUGAAGUUCAAUUCUUUAAAUGAGCUGGUAGAUUAUCACAGAUCUACAUCCGUCUCCAGAAACCAGCAGAUAUUCCUCCGGGACAUAGAACAGGUGCCACAGCAGCCGACGUACGUCCAAGCCCUCUUUGACUUUGAUCCCCAGGAGGAUGGAGAGCUGGGGUUCCGUCGGGGAGACUUUAUCCACGUCAUGGAUAACUCAGACCCCAACUGGUGGAAAGGGGCUUGCCACGGGCAGACCGGCAUGUUUCCCCGCAAUUACGUCACCCCCGUGAACCGGAACGUCUAAGAAUCAAGAAGAGAUUAUUUAAAGAAAGUGAAAAAUUUAAACACAUACAAAUGAAUUAAAUCCAUGAGCUGCCUCUGACAGCAGCCUGAGCAGGAGCUCCGAACACCUGGCGGGGUCACCUGGUGGCCCUCUCACUUUGGUUGGAACUUUGGGGGUGGGAGGGGAGUUGGAUAUAACAAUGCCAAAACUUACCUAUGAAUUAAGAAAGAGUUUUUAUUACAAGUUUUCACUGCUGCCCCCAGUUCUCCUCCUGUGUCCUUUUUCAUCUUUUUUCUCUUCUGUCCAUCAGUGCAUGACGUUUAAUGCCACAUAUAGUCCUAGCUGAUGCCAUAAUAAAGGAAAAGAAACCAAGUGGGCUGGUAUCUUCUCUAUGCAAAAUGUCUGCUUUAGUCAGAAUGACUGAAAGGACAGCCACUGCCGGGUUUCCAUAGCGACGCGGGGGGUGGGGGAGUGGCGGCUUACUCUGUGCCCGAGGGGGCAGGACGGGACUCUGCCCUCCAGCCCCUACCAUGUAUUUUGUCAGAGUUGGACAUGGAGGGGCAAAAGGAAGGCGGGUUGCCCCCAUACCUUCCUGAGAAAGUUAAACUGCAAGCCUGUCUCUUUCCGGCAUUGCUUUCCCUCCCGAAUGGCAUCACUGAGCAUGUUGUUUUCAUAGUGCCUUUUUCCUUACUUCAAGGGUUGCUUCUGAGUGAUGUUUUCUGUUUGUUUGGUUUACAAUAAGUUAAAGACAGGCCAGAGCUUUUCAGCCCGUGUGUCGCCUAGUCUGUGUAAAUGCCUUUCCCUCAGUGGGGGGAGCACAGGUGGAGAAGAGCAGGUGCAGGCAGAAGUGGAGGGUGUGGCCUGCUGCCUGUCCCGAGCCAGGAGUUGCUCAGGUUCGGCUUUAAUACUUGUGAGCCCCGGGAGGUGACAGGAGUGGAAGCCAGUGUCUGGUCGCUGCCCAGGGAGCAGUGUGGCAGCUGCCGGGGCAGGAGGACAGGCUGCAGCUCUGCCCACACUGGACUGGGUGUGGCUGAAAGGGGGUCAGCGUCCUUGACUUUGCCAUCUCAGGUGUUGUCUGCCCCCCUCCUUAAUCCCCAGAGACCCCUGACUCAAACCCUGGAGCCAGCAAGUUUCAAACACAGGAAAGCCGGAGGAAUUUAGACUGUCGCUCUCCCUCGGUCAGGAUGCGCCGUGUUCCUACAUCCAGGAUGCAGUGGAAAGUGAGCUUCACUUCAUCUUUCUUGCUCUGCAAACCAGGGGUACUGUUCAUGCCUUUUCUCUCUCGUGUCCCCACCCAACCUGCCCAGGUGAGCCUUAGGGCAGCGUUCACGAAGCAGCUGGGUGGUUUUCCUGUCUCCAUUCACAGCGGGCUGUGUGUGUAGCUGCUCCACCCCAGCCCCCCAGAACUCAGUGUCUCCAAGAAGCAGGGAGAGCAGGAAGGGAAGACUGGAAAUGUAGGCAGGCCGAGUCCACGGAAGAGCUCUCUGUCCGCCUCCUGUGCCAGCUGCUUGCCCCUCGGAGCCAUGUGCCUGUGAACUUUCUCCACCCAGUCCCUCCCCACAGCACAGCCGGCCCGGAAUUGGUGGCUGGUGACAGCCUUGGGUUCUGAAGCGGUCGUCGGAGUCUCCUUGGCCUCUGGUCAUGGAGCUGGACUCAGAGGCCCAGGAGGUGCUGCUUCUCUGGACAGAAUUCGGCCUCUCCUCGCUCCCUCCCUGAUGGUAAAGGAAUCUGGCAUUCUGCACCUGGACCACGUGAUUGUUUUAUUUUGGAAUUGGUGUAUAUCAUGGAGCCUUGCUGAACUAAGUUUUGUGUGUAUAUAUUUAAAAAAAAAUCAGUGUUUAAAUAAAAAGACCUAUGUACUUAAUCCUUUAACUCUGCGAAUAAAACUUGGUAGUUAGUGAUUAACUGUGAAUAAUAAACCUACAAUGACUUCUUCA